GAUGGAAGUCUUCCUGUAUCCUGCUAGGUCCCAUAUCUCUGUCCUCCCCGCACUUUGCCAAAGAUUGUAAUUCGACGAAGGCUUUAACCCCCUGGCCACUGUAUAAAAAAAAGGUUUCCUUUGGACAUUUCCGUGGUGCUGUUUGAUAUAGAAAAGCUGGAUUGCAUGACAGAACUUAUAUGGUCGUGUACAGUCACCUAGUGUUCCCAUAGGAGAGACGUGUUUGGAGACGAACUGAGCUACCCAGAUCUCUAGGAGGCAACAUGUCUUCAACAUAUAACCGAUCAUCUAAGGAUUUUACAAGGUCGCGGAUAUCCCAGUCGGACUCUCCACCCUCUUCCCCUUCACCGACAGCAAAGACAUUACGUCAUGAAAGAUUAGCAAGGAUGGAUUCUGGUGGUCUAGGUCUAACCUCAUCAGAAAGUGCCAGUGACCGUGCAGCUGCUCGAGUGAGCGCGUACACGCAGCAACGAGAGAAUCGCUUGGCCUCACUUAAUAGUAAACCUGAUGAAGAAUCACGGAAAGAUUUUAAAAAGCUAUAUGAGGGUGCCUACAAUGAAAAUGAGAAGCUGAAAAGCAACCUCAGAGAAGCCCAGCUGGAGCUUGCAGAUAUUAAAGCCAAGUUGGAAAGAGUUGUGAAGAAACAGGACCAAUCAUCAAGUCACACUGGACUGCUAGAGGCUGAAAAGAAAGAGAAAAGGGUUUUGGAACGCAGGAUGACAGAAAUGGAAGAUGAUAUUAAGGUUCUCACAGACCUAAAGUCUGACAACCAGCGUCUGAAGGAUGAAAAUGGAGCUUUGAUUCGAGUAAUAAGCAAACUUUCCAAAUGACGUAGUGUAAAAGAGAAAUAACUUAAUCCAUAUACUGUAUCCAUUCUGUAAAAUCUAUGAACACUUUGAGGUCUUUGGUGCUAGAGUUGCCACUUCAGAAAUAUCUCUUUAUAUUUUGGAUGCAUAUUUUUGUGUAUAUUUU